UUAAUACAUAAUUGACUUUCAACGUGCGCGGUAGCCAAACAAUAGCAUCUAGUUAGCGCAAAUAUACUUUCUUUAAAUGUUCAUAUAAAAUAUUCGAAAAAAAAAAUAAAAAAAAAUAUUUUCAAAAAAUAACGAAAAUUUUCUUCAUUUUAAGCUAUGUCCUGUCGUUGCAAUUUCGGUUUACUUUCGUUGUUAUUUUUGCAAAUUAUCACUUUAACCGUUAGUCGUUGGUACAACAACGGCUUAAUAUUCUACGAUCUGGAUACACGACAUAUAUUUUUGCCACCUACUGUUUCGGUAUCGCGUGGUCGUAGUUUAGCGAAUGCACCGUACUCCGCUAAAGGCUCAAUUUGGUCAACAUUUGGGAAACCCUGUCAAUGUUCGCAAACGUUAUGCGGCUGUUGCGCUGGUGUUACAGUAAAACGAUAUAAUUUCGAUCAAAAAAUAUGUGCGAAUGUCACCUAUGCGAAAGGAAACGAUGAAAUACAAUUGGAGAUGUUGUUAAAUGAAAAUCCAUCAGCCAAAUACGGUAUAGCGGUACGAAAUCCAUCGCCUUUUUGCAUACCUUUAAUGCUUAAUAUACCGUUAGCCAUGUGCGUACAAAUGUCAAAUAUAGGAGUGAUGGGUAAUAAUUUAAAUAUGUGCAUGGACUGGAUGGUGGGUAUGGGUUCAACACAAUUAAUUGAAAUGCAUUUCCAGUGCAUGCAAGUAGGUCAACAAGGCCUACAGUGGGUGGGAACAAGCGGUAAACCGGUUAUACCGCCCGGUCAAAAUAAAAAACAAAUAAAAUAUAGUACGGAAUCUUCAGAAUAUUAUAAUGAGUCUGAGGAAAAUGAAAUUGAAAUAUAUCAUGAAGAGGAUGCGAGCUUAAGCGGUGGCGAAAUAAUAGAUGAUACGGAUUUAAAGGAAACAAAGAUAGAAAAUAAUUCAAAUGAAAUGAAAAGUGAAAAAAUUGCAAAUAAUUGGGAAACGGACGAUACGACAGUGGAAAGAUUUGAAAUGCUUACCGCAACAGAUGGCCAAAAUGAAAGUGAAAUGAUUAACUCAAAUGCAAGCCGAUUGGACGGUGUUGAACUUCACCAUAGUAACGAAAAAAUGAUUACAAUCAUCAAACCGAAAAUAACAACAACAACAAUAUUAUCAACGAGAAAAAAGGCUACACAACCAACACUAUUAGUGGAAUUGAUUGGUAAUGAUAGCGAUAAUAGUUCAAGUAAUAGUAGUGAUUAUGACAAUAGUGACUCUACGAUAAACAAGGCAAACAACGAUGUGGACCGUGCAAAUGACAAAGGAAAAGAAGAUGAAAGUGUCGAUGAUGGUAGUGAUGAUGACGAUGAUGAUAGUGAAGAUGAAGAUGACAGUGAUAGUAACGAAUCGCCGGCAGCUGAUGAAUGCAAUAGUGAUGGCGACAGCAGUAACGACGAUGAAUAUGAAGAUUAUGAAGAAAGCACAACGAAAUCAACGAAAUCAACGAAAACAAUAUCGGUUAAGUAUUAUAAUAAUAAAAAUAAAUUAAGUAAAUGACAAAAUAAGCACACAAAGCAUCAUAGCCCAAUACAAAAAUACCAAAAGCCCUCCAUCUCUCUCUUGCUAAUGUAACACUCACACUGGUGCAUAAUACAAAUCCAUCUAAACAACACCUCUCCAUUAACGUUAAAGUCGUGAAAUUGCACACCACCAAACAAACAUACACACACACACAUAUAUAUAUAUAUGUAUAUAUGCGUGCAUGCACAAGCCGCGACAUCGUUUCUACACUGAUUCUGACUCUUAACAAAGUCUCAUAAUGUGGCAGUGUUAUAAUAUUUAAUCCCCGACAUGUCUAUGUUGAACAUAAUACAAAUUCCCGCAUAUCACCGCACUUAACGCUUGCUUUCACGUCGAUGUAUGUAAAUGUGUUCCUUUGUCUAGAUUUAAUUAUUAAUUCUACUUUUGUACAUUUUAAAGCCAUUCGCUCCCUCACUCACCAUAGCCUCAGUUUACCGCUGUGCUUCCUUAUAUACGAACACAUAUUUGCACAUUUAUUUCCCUGUUUGUUGUGAAAGUGUUUGUUAUCAGCAUUACAUGAAAACUAUUUUUUCCCAAUAUUAUUAUUAUUUAACUUACGUUUAUGUUAUUGUUGCUACUUUAGUGAAAUCGUAUCCUAAAUGCAGUAAACUGCACGUUUUUAUUGUUAUGCUUGAUUAUAUUUGUUUUUUAUAUGUAAAUCUGUUAAAAUAUUA